CUAAUUUGUUUGAAAUGGUGAUCGAGUGGCCAAGUACCUAAAGAAGUCGUUAAAUAUUUGGUUAGUCCUGAAUACGGAGGAUGUCUUACUAGAGUCAGACAAAAUGAACAGGACCGUGCAGAACCUAUAUGUAACAAAAAUGCAAACCCCGAUAAUAGAAUUUGGCGACCCGAGGCAAUCUCCAAACUCUAAUUCAGACCCUGAACUUUUAAGUCUGAGAGAGAGAAGCCGCGUUGAGGAACGAGACAAAUGUGCAGAGGCUCGAGACGCUCUCGGCAUGAGCGAUAACCAAACGUCUAAAAUCCCAGAAACCAAAACGGACGAUUUGCCGGUGCUUGCAGGUCUUUUGCGGCACCGAUAUGUCAUCUGUCUUCUGGUGUUCACCGGAUUGGCACUGGCGUAUUCAAUGCGAAUCAACAUGUCGGUCGCAAUCAUCCAAAUGGUCGGCUCAAAAGGCAAAAACGUUUCUAGCGCAGACGAUGGAACAUGUCUGCCUUCAGGAAAUAUUAGUGUUGCCCCGAAGCCGGGCGAAUUCAUAUGGCCCAAGCUCGAACAAAAAAUUGUGGAGAAUGCAUUCUUUGUUGGAUACACCAGCACUCAGGUACUCGGCGGAAUUAUGGCAGAUAAGUAUUCCAUUAAAUGGGUAUUCGGUUACGGCAUCUUUCUCACGUCAGUGUUCACAUUGGUCACACAUUGGGUUGCCCGAUGGAGCAUCUACGGUCUCAUCGCCCUGCGUGCUAUUGAAGGCAUUACAGAGGGUGUGACCUUUCCGUCGGUAUUCUGCCUGAUGGCUCGAUGGUCUCCUGUUCAGGAACGUACGACCAUGGUAAAUCUCUGUAUAAUCGGAUCGAACAUAGGAACGGUUAUUACACUGCCGAUGGCGGCUGCGCUCUGUCAAUCAUCACUGGGCUGGCCUGCUGCCUUCUACAUUCCCGGUGCACUGGGUGUUGUCUGGUCAGUCGUGUGGUAUAUCUGCGCGACAUCCCAGCCGGAGAAUCAUCGCUGGAUCUCAGACGAAGAGCGAAGGUAUAUUAUUCAAAACCGAGGCAUAACACACUCACCCGCACGAAAGAUCCCAUGGCUGACCAUAAUCACCUCGAAGCCCGUUUGGCUGUUUGCAACGGCUCGGUUCUGUACCUCCCUUACCCUCUAUUUGUUUUUGACGCAGAUGCCUAUAUUUAUCGAUACGAUCUUCCAUAUCUCAAUGACAAAGAACGGAGCUCUGAAUGCAUUAUUCUUUGUUUGUUACGCAUGUGUGGCUUUCUCCAGUGGUGCGGUAUCUGAUCGUCUUAUUCAAUCAAACAUUAUGACCCGAACCAAUAUUAGGAAGUUGUUUGAAUGCGCGUCAGCUGUCAUCUCCGGUGUCAUGCUGCUUCUAGUCACGAGAAUUGGCUGCAACUGGAAUCUGGUAGCAAUAAUUCUUUGUUGCUCAAUCACGAGCCUGGCUCUAAGUGGGGGUGGUAAUGCGGCAAUGGCCCUCGAUUUAGCGCCGGAUCUCGCAGGGUCUGUGAUGGGCUUUGGCAACACGAUUGGAAAUUGCAGUGGUAUCGUGGCUCCUCUCUUGGUCGGCGUCAUGACAAGUCAAAAUGCAACCUAUGCCCAAUACAAUAAUGUGUUCUACACAACGGCAACCAUUAGCUUUGUGGGAGCGAUCACUUUUGCAAUGUUCGCUACUGCCGAGGAGCAGCCCUGGUCAAAGACCAAGAGCGAAGAAGCGCGCUCUGUGGCAGACCAGUAAGAUGUUCUAAGGACCAACACAUAAGACGGACACCGAAAAUGUUACGACUAACUCGAAGAUGACUCUUUAACUUGAGGACAAUCAUCAAUGCCAAAGAUGACGUAAUGAUCCUAGGAGAAAUUACAAAAAGUGCGGCGCAAAAUGUGAUCGAGGAAAGACGUUGUUAUUUUAAUAUUCAAUGUAAAGAAAGAACGGAGAACUUUCUUGCUGUUUUGUAUUGAUGUGUGGUAUGUCACACAUGUUGAUAUAUCAAAUUCACAACCAUUUGUUCCGUAAAAAGGCACUAAGCUGGAUCAUGUGGAAAAUUUUUCAGACAGUUUGGAGUGAUAGAUUUAAAUUGGUGAAUCUGUGAGCAUAACUCAGGCCCGCAAAGUUCAUUGAAAUCAGUCAACUGUCAACUGAUCUUACUACGCUUUUGCCUUUUUCCACGUCUGGCAAGAAGUGUACGCUCCAACCCAACGGUCUUCUAUGGUCAAGACCAUAGCUUCAAUUGCUACAGUGAACGACUAUGUUUAGCAACUAAAAAACAAGUUGAUCGAAUAGUGUUGAAUCUUCAUGCUCACAACUGAUUCUAGUCAGCCUUAUAUAAACUAUCUCUGUAGAACGAUCGCAGACAGCGGGCCCCAGACAUAAUUGUAUUAAUCACAGAAAUUAAUCAUACACAAAACAUAUUCUUUAAGAAACAAUUAGCUGAAGAUCUUUUCAGGCAUUUGACAAACUUUAUGGGUAUCUAUAGUAUCGAAAGACUAAGGUAAUGGAAGGUAAAUGGAUAUUUAGCUUUAUCGUUAAAUUUAGAUUCAUAGUUGUGAUUCAAUACAUCUGUGACCAAAUCGAAUAUCGCCAAAGCCCUACGUUAGCUUAGCUUGAGCACUGCUUCAGUAUGGUCCAUAUAAAACAUAUAGUUUUCGUACGGAGCAAUCGAACCCACUUCCGCUUCUGGUUACUAAGCCAGCCGCUGUGGCAAAAAACUGCGUGUGUGUAAUAAGUGACCUGUGGGCUUCAUAGCGGCAUAUUGCAUUUUAUCUUUUAAAAACUAACUUAGUUAGGCAAGAAUAACCAAAUUUUUACUGACAAAGGUGGCACCACGUGUAACAGCCGCUACAACAACCUACGUAAGAAAAGCACAACGACAGGGCUAUUGGUUUAACAAGAGUGAGCAUAGAUGGAGCGACCAGUCCGAAUCUAUUCGUCUUAUUUAACAUCAGAAAAGGAUCUUGGGCCUUGCUUGCAAUCGAUUGUAAUGUCGUAAUGCCCUUUCGAUUAAAUCCUAUUUUACAAGUUACGAGUGUGAACUAGUCAGAACAGUGACAAGGAACGAAGCCUGUAGUAGAACGACGAUGUUGUCUAUCGUUUGCUGUAGUACUGACUACCCGGCAAAUGUCAUAAUGAAGUCUUAUGCGCGUACCUGUACUUUACAAUCCCAUCUGAGUAAUCUAUUAUGUAUAUGCAGUACUCCGCUCUAAUUAAAAAUUUGUUUUAAAAAGUGGCAAAAACUGAUAAAUUUUAGAGCUCAAGGAACAGCUAAGUUAGCCAUCUUGAACGAUUUGAAUAUGCUGUUUGAUGGAUUUCAAGCAGUGGGAAAAUGUGGCACUCAGAUAUGCUAUAAAAAGGAAAAAAAAAUAUAUAUAUAUAUAUAUAUAUAUAUAUAUAUAUAGAUAAACACUCGCUUGUUUAGAAGUUAGCUUUGCACAGAUCUAUAAUAAACACGAUCUAUUGAGCUACUCGGAUAUUAGUAACUUAAACAUUAUUUAACCUUAUUAUAUAUACAACAUUAAAUUUAUAGGAGAAGAUUUGUACAAUCGAUAUAUGUAACGUUUUACCUUGUUGUUAAACGUAUUAAUUAAACGUGUUAUCUUUGUGAAAAAAUUGAAGUGUAUAUUUUUUUAGAGACUACAUAUGUGAAACCAUAUUGUAGUAUUGAAGUUAGAAGUCGAAGAAGAAGAUUGUGGCAGGAGGACAAAGAUAUUACAGCUGUAAAACUUCAACACCGUCUCAAUAGUUGUCUUCUUGAAAUUAUUGAUUCUUACACAUUUUUUUAUAGAAAGAACGAGUUCAAUUUGGAGAAGCCCGAAAAUACUUUCACUAAAAAUGAUGCAGCUGACAUUCGACUGCAAGGAGCUUCUCCAAUGUAAGAAGAAUUGUCACUCUGAAAAAAAACUAGCUAGUACGUAAAAAGUUAAACUACAUGUUUAUUUUAUUAAUAAUAAUAAUCUGAUUCUAUGUAUAUAUUCUACAUAACACGCUGACACACCUAUGUGUGCUACUUGUGUUUUAACGCAUAAGUGUAUGAAGUGAUUUCAAGACAUUAGUUUUCACCGCAUUCCUUAUAAAGUAAGCGUAAGUUACACGUAAAAAAGUGUGAAAACAAAUUUUCCACAAGAUGUAUAUUAUACAAGUGAUAAAAUACUGUAUUGCAAUAUUAAAAAUGACAAUGUUUUGAUUCGAAGAUAAUAAUGCUAUUCAACGGUUUGGCAAACAGCAUAUAUGCCGACAAAAAUUUUAACGUAAGCUUCGUCUACCUACCCGAUUAUCUGUGAAUUGCAAAAACUAUUCAAGUUAAAAAAAGUGUACAGAUAGACAACUUGCACCUUUCGAAGUCAAAUCUAGACCAUCUAGUCAGCUUUGUGAUUUAGUAGAUGUCCUCGCAUUCGAUGAGGUAUCAGACUGCUGACGCAGUCUAAUCGUGGAGGAAGCACCAUUAGAUAGCCUUGAUAGUACUUGAUAUCGUUGCUGUAUCUUCGUCGUCAAUUAGAUCACCAACUUCUUGUUGGCGCAACAGCAAUUGAAAUUCAUAAAGUAGCCAUUGGUAAAUAGAAGGUGCUCAAUAUCUCUGUAUGUAUAUAUGUAGCUACUGAGCACCUUAAAAUUAAAUUAAGUUACUUUCACAGGUUUCACACGCUUUAUCCAAAAACGGAAUAUAAACGCCAAAAUAAAAAUACAAACUGUCCCUUUCUUUUACGAGCUAUUAGGCUUAAGAACAGUGUAAAUAACCUUGGACUGAAUUUUGCAAGCACGUGUAUCGGAUAAGUGGCAAAUUGUUGUGCCGAUUAAGCGUAGUACCGAUCGCCAUGCCAUAAUAACCCUAUAAAGACGCGCUUUGGAAUCAAAAUUUGAACUGAUCGAUACCCCCAGGGCCCUAAUUGCAUUUUAAUUGAGGCUUUUUUAAAACGCUUUGGUCUGCUCUGCAAUUGCAGGAUUUGAAACGAUGUCCACUGCUCGAUGUUAUUUCGUAUCAAUAUUUCGCUAAAUAAAUACCUGGAAUUGACAUUCUACUACAUACUUGCUUAAAUCACCAAUUAUCAUUGACUUU